AUGAGGACAUGUGUGAUAUUGACUUGCAAUAAUCUUGGUGGCAAUAAGAUAGUCCAUUCCAAUGCCAUUAAGAUGCGUGGGAGGCAAAAAGUUGCUGAAGGAGAUAUCAAACUUGGAAUUUCUGAGGUUAUUUUUUAUAAGCAUUUAGAGUUUGACGCAAAUAUUAGAGGUGUAAUUCCAACAGAGAUAGGUAAUCUUAAACAGCUGGAAGGAUUGAUCUUAUCAACUGGCUCUCUAACAGGGUCAAUUCCAUCUUCCAUCGUCAAUAUUUCUUCAUUGAGAUCAAUUGAUUUCACCAGCAAUAACCUCUCUGGAAGCCUCCCAUUGAACAUUCAAUAUGAUCUCCCAAUUCUUGAAGAGUUAUUUCUUAUGACAAAUCGGCUCAGUGGUCAAAUUCCAUCCAAAUUAGGGGAAUGCAGAGGACUUUGA